AUGACUCCCGUCAAUACUUGUACCGAUAUAUUUAAGAAUGAGAAUGAGUCGGUAGAUUUGUUAUUACAAGAAAUCGGAACUAAUUCUAUAAAGCCUUCAAUUCCGGGGAAUUUAUCCAUAAAUAAUUCUCCUACUAAACCAUUAAAUUUCCCUACUACAACUCCUACUACCAUCAUGACAAAUACUAAGAGUUAUACCAGUAAUAGUAAUAACUCUUCAGAUACUUAUACUAGUGAAAAUGAAGUCCAAAUAAUCACUCCAGCCAUUGACAAUAAAAAUGAAUCAUUCUUAAGAAAUUUCGAAUUUAAUGAUGAUGAUAAUGAUGAUAGUCAACAAGUAAUUAAUUUUGAGAAAACCAUUCAACAUAAUAAUUCAAAUGAUGAUGAUUUCUCCUUUGUAACUCCUAUGACAUCUACUGUUGAAUUAGUUAAAUCUACUUCAUCUCCUAGUAAAUCAAUUAUGAAAAAUUCAAAGACUCCCAUAAGUUCGCCUAAGAAAAAUGUAGUAUUUACCAAUUUAAAUCCAGAAAUUCAUCAUUAUCAAUUGAAUUCGGCUGAUACUUCAAAUAAUGAAAGUAUUCUUCCACCACCACCAUCAUCUCAUCCAAUUAAUCAUCAAUGGAGUAAAUUAUCUGAUGAAGAUUAUGAUUAUGAUUCUGAUCAUCCUCCGGUACCUCCACCUCAUGUUAAUAAUUCAUUUGAAAAUUUAUUACAUAAUAAACAAUCAGAUAUUCAACUUGAUCAAGAUGAAGAAGAUGAUGAUUUAAAAAUAAAUGAAUAUAAAUUAAAACAUGAUAAAUUUAGUAAUUUAUCAUUAAAUGAGAAAUUGGAUUUAUUCUUAUCUAAACAUAAUGAGAAUGAGAAUGAGAAUGAGAAUGACAAAGAUAAAGACCAUUCAAUUGAAGAUACUCAUCAUGAUUUAGAUCAUCAUUUACAACAUUUACAUGAAGCAGCUAAGAAUAAUGUCACUUCCAAUAUUUAUAAUUUAUCAUUAUCUCUACAAAAUCAUAAUCAUGAUAAUGUUGAGAAUCCAUUAAAUUCUUUAACUAAAUCUACUGAAGUUCAAUUACGAUCUUCUGGUUCUUCUCAAUCUUCUUUACAAUCAUUACGUGAAGAUAAUCGAGGUUUAGAUUCGGUAACUAAGAUCACUACUAAUAAGGGUAUUCAAUUAAAUGAUGGAAUUAAAGGAUUUAGUGAUGAAAUCGUUGAACAGUUGAUUCCUCAACAACAGCAAUAUCAAUAUCAAUAUCAAGAAGAAGAUCAUGAUGGAUUAGUAAUGAAACCAGUUGCAAAUGCAAAUGCAAAUGUAGUUGCAAUUGCCCAUGAACCAGAAGUCGAAAGAUUCGAUACUUCCAUUAAUAAUACUACUGAACAAUCUAUAAUGAAUCUCUUAAAGAGUGCAUCCCAAUCAGAACUCAAUGAAGUACCAUCGGAAAAGACUCAUCACCGUACUGAAUCAAUAACUAAACCUAUCUUACAGGAUAUCUUAGUUAAGGAUGAGCCUGAAUCUGAAGAAGAUGUUGUAGACAUUAAGGAAGAGCAAGAGGAAGAACAACAACAAGUACUUAAGAAAGAACCAUCUGUUGAAGAAAUCAAACAAGAAUCAGGUAAAGCUGCUAAGUUAGUUGAAUCUAAUGAAUCUGAAUCAACACCAGUGGCUCAUCCCAUCAUUAAUCAAGUAAUCCCAUCCUCCGACAUUACUGAACAAGAUCUUGAAUCUUCACAAGAAUCAACUAAGAUGUCUAUACAAUUUCAUAUGGAUAGUCAAUGGAAACUUGAAGAUAGUCAUGAUGGUGAUAAAGAAGAUAAUGGAGAUACUAUAAAUGAUAUGAGUCAACCAAUCUUAGAUGUUAAUUUAUCCCCUAACAUUUCGGCCUCUUCUCAACCGUUUGAAGAUGCAUCCGAUCAUUUAAUAUCUAAGACUUUAGCACCAGUAAGACCAGAACAAGAGGAAGAGGAACAAUCAGAAGAACAACAAGAAGAUAAUACUGGUAAUACUACUGAUCAAAAUGUAUUAGCCAAUUCAUCAAAUAUAGCUCCACCUGAAGAAAUCACUUUACCACCAGUUGAAACUCAUGAUUAUUCAUCUCUUCAUGAUAUUACUAAGAAUUUGGAUUCAGGAAAGGAUUCAUUUGAAGAAUCCUUAUCGGCAGAACAUGAUGUGGAAAAGAAACCAAGUAAUUAUCUUUCUAUUUGGCAUUCUCAGGAGAAACCUAAAUGGAAACAGAAUCAUCAAAUAAGUUCUGAAUCUUUCAAAUCUUUAAGUAAUAAUGAUAUACUUGCACCUAAAGUUCCAGUUCCAGUACCAUUAAAAUCUCGAAAAUUUAAAGAAGUUAAUGUAAUAACUCGAAAAGUAGUUAAUCCUGAAUUUGAAGAUUUACAAGUUUCAGGAUUUUUACCUGAAUUAUCUGAUGAUUCAGGAUUUGAGAAUCAUUUCCGAUUCUUAAGAAAUACUUCAGGUAAUUAUUCGAAUAUUGCUGGAAAUAGAAGAAGUUUUACUCCAUUGAGUACUAAGAAUGUUUUAAGUAAUAUAGAUAAUGAUCCUAAUGUUAUUGAACCUCCUGCUCCAAAUAGUAAUACUACCAAUGGAUCAUUCAAAAGAAGAUUAGUUCGGAAUUCAAUCUCCGUAAUCUCCGCUACGGCUUCUAUACAACAUCAACCCAUCAUUACCAAACUGUAUGAUCCUCGUCAAUUACUGGAUUCUAAUUCUAAUUCUAAUUUUAAUUCUAAACUUAAACCAAACCCAAAACCUCAUUCAAAAUUUCAAGUUCCUUCAUUUGAAAUAAAGAGAUCUUCAUCAAUUUUAUCACCUAGAAAUCUUUAUAAUGAUGAAAUCUUUGCUGAUACAAUAAUUAAACAACCUACUAUAAGAAGUUCAGGUAUUAAAACUUUACCAAGUAUGGAUAAAGAUGAUGUUAAAAGAAUUCUUAAUACUAAAAAGAUAAUAACUCAAGAUGAUUAUACUAAAAUUAAAUUAAAGGGAAUUGAAUUAAAAAAGAAUUCCAUUGUAAAUGAACCAGAUACAAGAUAUGAUGAAUUACAACAACAAGCUUCAAUUCAUAAUAUAUCACCAGAAUCAAGUCCAAUAACUAAAUAUGUUAUACCUCAUUUAGCUAAUGAAUUAUUAAUGAAUCGUAAUGCUUUAUUAUCAAAGGAUCAAUUCUUUAAAGAGAAUAUCUUUACUUCAGAACAAGCAUUUCCUGAACCAGAUCCUGAAUUAAUUAAUUCUCCUGAUUCAAAUAUCUUUAGAACUCCACCAAGAAGUGAAGAAGAAGAAGAAGAAGAAGAAGAAGGUAAGGGUAAGAAGAAGAGUAAGAGUAAGAGUAAAAAGAAAGAUAAAGAUCCCUUAGAUCCUACUUAUAAUUCAAUUAAUAUAGAUAUUCAACCAUCUAAACUACCUUCAACUCCUCAAAAGGGUCGUCCUAUUAAGAUUGGUUCACCUAUGAAAUUAAUUAAGCAAGGUAAAGCCGUUACAGGAGCAAUUAUACCUUCAUCACCUGGUAAAUCAUCAAUAAAUCAUAAACCUCAACCUUCAUUUAAUGGAGAUGAACUUAUAAAUUAUAAAAUAAGAGAAGAUAAUAAGAAAGUAGAAUUUGAAAAUGAUGAUCAUCAACGUAAACCAAGUACAAUCUCUGUACCAUCAGGAUUUACUAAUUCUUCUCGACCUUCUGGUACUUCAUCUGCUACAUUAUUAACCAUGGGUAAUCAUGAUUAUAGAACUUUAAAGGAAGAUCAACAACAAAUAGAUCAUUCACAAGAUGAAUCAGAACAACAACCUGAACCUGAACCUGAAGUUCAACCAUUUGCUGAAAGAGGUAAAUUAUUCUUUCGAGUUAUUGGAUUUAAGAAUAUUAAUUUACCUGAGAUUGAAAGUCAUAAUGCGGAAUUAUCUAUUACUUUAGAUAAUGGAGUUCAUUCUAUAAAGACUCCUAAUUAUAAAUUACAAUCAAGUAAUGUAUUAGUAGGUAAAGAAUUUGAAUUAACUGUUGGAGAAUCAUUACAAUUUAUAUUAACUAUGAAAAUGAAUUAUGAAAAACCUAAAGGAGGUUUAAGAGAAAUUACUGAAAGGAAAGUUGUUAAAUCUAAAAAUAAAUUAGGAAGAAUGUUUGGAUCAAAAGAUGUUAUAACUCUUACAAAAUUUGUACCAUUUGAUAUUAAAGAUUCUUGGGAAAAUAAAUUUGCUCAAGAUGGAUCAUUUGCAAGAUGUUAUAUUGAUUUAGAACAAUUUGAAAACAAAAUUACUGGUAAAGCACUUAAUUUUAAUCUUAAUUGUUUUAAUGAAUGGGAUAAAUAUAUUGAUCCAAUAUCAAAACAACUUACCAAGGGUAAACCUUAUAAAAUUGGACAAUUAGAAGUUAAAAUGCUUUAUAUUCCAAGAACUGAACUUAAAGAAUAUUUACCCACCAGUAUUAAAUCAGCUUAUGAAACUAUUCAAGAUAUUAGUCAAGAACUUAAUUUAACUCAUGAAGGUUAUUUAUAUCAAGAAGGAGGAGAUUGUGAAAUUAGAAAGAGAAGAUUAUUUAAAUUACAUGGAACUUCAUUAAUUGCUCAUAGUGAAUAUUCUCAUAAAACUCGAGCCAAAAUUAAUUUAUCAAAAGUUGUCGAAAUUAUUUAUGUUGAUAAAGAAAAUAUUAAUAAUUCUUCAAUUAAUUAUCGAAAUUUUAGUGAUGUAUUAUUAGUUGAACAUGCAUUUAAAAUUCGGUUUGCUAAUGGAGAAAUUAUUGAUUUUGGGGCUCCUAAUAAACAAGAGAAAAUGGAAUGGAUUACUAUCUUUGAUAGAAUCAUUUAUAGAAAUAAAUUCCGUCGUCAACCGUGGGUUAACAUGAUGUUACAACUGACUGGUUAUAUACCUUCUACUACAUCUAUUGAUCAUCAUCAUCUGACUCUGGCUCCUAGUUCCAUGCUUAUGUAAUCGUUUAUAUCUGUUUGUUUUUUUGUUUAUUAUGUAUUAUACAAUAAUUAGACUAAUGUAAAGUAAUA